GGUACAUGUAAGGGCAUGUUUUGCUUUGUUUGUGUGCAUCAGCCGCAUCGUCGCGGGUUGUUCCAGGCAGUGAGGGGAGCAGAUGCGGGUUCAGAGGCGAACGCCAUUUUCUGAAAAUCAAAGGCAACAUUGCGUCCAUUUCCCCCCGCAUCUGUCCACUUUGCAGGAGUGGCAUUUCCGUUUGCAGCAGCUGUCUUUACGGCCUGUUAGCAUCGUGAAUCUUUCUCUGUGUUCGCUGGCAAAAUUUCUCAAUGUCCAGGGUGAAGAGUCUUUCAACAUGGACGGCUUUUAUGACCAGCAGGUCCCUUUUGUGGUGCCAGAGAGUAAAUGUCACACAGCAGAAGCAGACAGAUGUCUCAGCGACAGGAAGAGGAAGUUCAUGGACACUGGGCUAGCACAGGACACAGAAGAACUUUUUCAAGAUCUGAUCCAGCUCCAGGAAAUAUGGAUUGCAGAAGGUGAGACCUGCAAAAAACCUCAGGUUCCUGAUGACGAGCAGUUUGUCCCAGAUUUCCAGUCCAAUAACUUGAUGUUUCAUGGACCGCCUGUCAGCAAAGUGAAGCAAGAGCACAGUCCGUCCAAAGACCUGUCUCCCUGCAGGACGCCUCACGCUGACAUGUGCCUUUACAGUUACAGUGCCUGUGACAACAAGCCAAUUGGGCUUGCAGGUGUGACCCCAGCCUCCUCACCGGCAAUGCAAUGUGGUGCCACCCAUCCUUCAGGACCUCCACCCUUACAGAGGCAGUUACACCCAUCCAACCCUCAGCUGACCAACAACCACAUUUCUUCCCAUAGCCCCUCCCACCACCACCGCAACCUCCCACAGGCCAACCAAAGCCAGCAGUUUGCGCUGCCACGCCCCCCCAUCAGCUGCUCCGCUGGAUCGUUCAGCACAGAACAAAGGUUUCAGCGACAGCUUUCGGAGCCCAGUUUGUCUUUCCUCCCUCCAGAGAAAACAGCCAACACACCGUACCCCCCCUCGAGCCGUGACAGUCGCCCACUGUACCAGCGGCACCUCUCAGAGCCUCUGGUUCCCCAUGGACAGCGAGUCUUCAAACAGGAGCUGGUUGAUCCACGAUACCCAGAGCCAGGGCCGCCUGGUCCAGGUCUGGCCCGGCCUCAGACAACCUUCAACCACGUCACCAUCAAACAAGAGCCCAGAGACUUUGGCUUUGAUUCAGAGGUUCAAACCUGCCAGUCCUCAUCAUUUGGGAAGUCUUCAGUCUUGUACCAGAAUAACAGUGUUGGAUUUGGUCGUGACAGAGAGCCACAUCUGUACUACGACGAUACUUGUGUUGUGCCAGACAGACUGGAAGGUAAAGUGAAGCAGGAGGGUUUGCCGUACCAGCGCCGCGGCUCGCUGCAGCUCUGGCAGUUCUUACUCACCCUGCUGGACAACCCAGCCAACGGACACCUGAUCGUCUGGACGGGGCGCAACAUGGAGUUUAAACUGAUCGAUCCUGAAGAGGUGGCUCGGCUCUGGGGCCUCCAGAAAAAUCGGCCGGCUAUGAACUACGACAAGCUGAGCCGUUCACUGAGGUACUACUACGAGAAGGGCAUCAUGCAGAAGGUGGCUGGAGAAAGGUACGUCUACAAGUUUGUGUGCAACCCUGAGGCGUUGUUCUCCAUGGCUUUCCCAGACAACCAGAGGCCGAGCCUGAAGGCCGACCCAGACGCCCUUCCUCCUGCCACUGAGGAGGACGGCCUCCCCCUGCCCAGCCACGAGGAGGAGGGUCCCUACCUGGCAGAAGGAGGAGAGCAGUGCAUCCAGGGACUGGCUUUCCCUGACAGCUACCCAUACUAGACUCAACAGCCUGGCAGCUGGAGUGAACAUGAGAUAUUUUCAACAACAGGAACCUGAAAUUACUGAGCAGUGUUCAAAAUGUACAGCCACAUUACAUAUGUAACUAAAAAGUUUUGCUUAUGAAUUCCUGAUUCUACCUGAAUCUCUGGGACUGUUCAUUUGAAGUCACUCCCUAAACAAACAUGCAACUGUCCAGAAUUACUGCAGCUCUGAUUUGGUUUCAUAUGUUACAAUGGUUUUAGGGCCACUGUUAGCAAACACAAAAAUCUGAGAUCUCAAAAUUGCAUCUGAAAGUUGUAAUAUUUUGAGAAAAAAAAGUAAUGGUGUAGUUGGACAAGUCGUCAUAUUUUGAAAGAAAAGACAUUUUUGAGAAAGUGUCAACAUUUAAAAAGUUGGAGUAAUUUGUAGUCUUAAGAGAAAAGUUGCCUUUUUUUCUCAAAAUAUAUACAGGUUUACUCUGUCUUUUUCCUCUAUCACAGUGGCCCUAAUACUCAGUUGUAAUUUGUAGCAUGGCCAUCGCUGUAGUCAUAAACUCUGGGAUCUGUGUUUCAACCAAAAAAUAUCUCCAAGCCAUGUCACUCCUUCACUAAUUUACUUAUAAUUGUUUUUUGUGGGGGAGUAAACCUUAUACUGCUUGAAAGGGACACACAUAUUUUCCAGAUGUUUUAGUCCUCCUAUAAACAUGUAUAUUGAAAUGUCUUUUGUGUACUUUUUUCUUGUUUUCAAAGCUAAUAUUUUUGGCAUUAUAUGGACUUGUAAGUUUUUCCUAUAACUGUUUUAUGACAAAGGUACUGCUACUAUUUUUGAUUCUGUAAUACUGCCACGAUGAUGCUUCUAUUAAGCAUGGACUUUCUUACAAACAGCUCACAGUUAUUGUACCGACAUAGUUUUCUGCAUUUUGUAUAGUUGAUUUGCUUCAAUGUGUAGAAAAGGUGUAUAAUUAUAUAUGAAUAUAUUUUUGCAAAACGCCUGCGUUUGCUUGAGCUCCGGAAUUUAGCCUGCUAAUGUGUUGCAUCGAUUUCUGCCUCUCCAAGGUGGAGUGACCUUAUCCUUUGAGUCCUGCAGAUUUGCAAUGGAUGUAAUGGUAUAUUUUGCUAUAUGAUCACAUGACAGGCUGGAGAAGGAUUACUGACACUGGUGUGACGUCUACCCUCAAAUACUGUAUGUGUGCCUUCUGUUGAUCUUUACUGAU